AUCCGGUCCCCGCCUCUGUGGUAAAAUCCCCAUGACGUGAAAGCAGACCAUCACGGAAGUGAAUUAGGCGACGAAACAGGGACAGAAACCCAAAUAAGUUGCGUGUCUUGCUUGACUGAUAGUUACUGAUUUCCAGACACACUGUCGUCAUGUUGGGAGGAGGAUUCAAAGGAGAGAGGCUAAGAGUUAACCUCCGGCUGGUCAUAAACCGGCUUAAGCUCCUAGAGAAGAAGAAAACUGAGCUCGCCCAGAAAGCAAGGAAGGAGAUUGCAGAUUACCUGUCCUCUGGAAAGGAUGAGCGGGCCCGGAUUCGAGUUGAGCACAUCAUCAGAGAGGACUACAUGGUUGAAGCCAUGGAAAUCCUUGAGCUUUACUGUGACUUGCUGCUCACUCGCUUCGGCCUCAUUCAGUCCAUGAAGGAACUAGAUCCAGGCUUGCAAGAGGCAGUGUCCACAAUGAUCUGGGCAGCACCGCGCCUCCAGUCAGAGGUGAAUGAACUGAAGAUCGUGUCCGAACAGCUAUGUGCAAAAUACAGCAAGGAGUAUGGCAAGAUGUGCAGGACAAACCAGAUUGGAACAGUCAACGACAGGUUGAUGCACAAACUGAGUGUGGAGGCACCUCCCAAGAUUUUGGUGGAGCGUUAUCUGAUAGAGAUUGCCAAGAACUAUAACGUGCCAUAUGAGCCUGACGCCAUGGUCCAUCCUGAAGUGUGUCCUGGAGAGGAGGCAGACCUCAUUGAUGUUGAUGCAGACAGGAAGAAUGGAGGUGGAGGUGGUGGAGGUGGUUUCUCUGCUCCUCCUGCUACAGCUAUGCAUAUGCCCAUGCCCAUGCCCAUGCCCAUGCCAACAGCUUUUAACUAUCCACCUCCAAAAGGAGCCGAACCUUUUAACCCUUCAGUUGGAACCUACAACUUCCAGCCCCCAGUGGUAGGAGGGCCGCCCCCUCAGCUGCCUUCUUCUCCCCCUACAUACGAGUCUAUCGAUGACUUCACUGUCAAACCUUCUGUUCCUUCUCAGACUUUAGGCCCUACUCCUGCGCCUCGUCACUCGUUUGACCACAACAACCUACCAGAACUUCCUUCCGUUCCCGACACGCUCCCCACCUCCACCCUUGGUGGACACACCACCAACUCAGACGACAUCGACUUUGACGAUUUGACACGGCGGUUCGAGGAGCUGAAAAAGAAGACCUAAUCUGUGACACAGUUGGUCUGUGUAUCUUCUCUCACAGGCCUGUGUCAUCACGUACACAAGCCAGGAAAUGGGGAAAAUUUUGAAUCAGAUUUGGGUAGUUCUUCUCCCCCCUUUAACCCUUAUAAAGUCAUUUUACAUAGAUUUUAAACAUAUACAUAUAUUCUUACCUUUUCACUACAUUACAAUUAUGGGUGCCGAGCCCUUUUCACAAGUUUCCAUUUAAGGUCACACUGUUCCCAAGUCGCCUGCGCAAUUAAGCUAUUUAAUCAAAUCUAGAUUUAAUUUUUUGUUUUUCCAUACGAUUUGGGGUUGAUUAAUAUUAACAGUCCACGCCUUGGUUCUAAUUUGUGCAUGUUGAUGCCGCUAUGAUCUUUGGCACUGUGUCUCUUUGUCAUUUCUCAAAGAAGUCAAACAAGCUCGACCGGUUGUUCCACUAGGAAAACAGACGGAGAUUUGCACUUAAUGAACCCAUCAUAUCUUCUCAUACUUGUUGUUGAUGUUCCAGCUCUCAGCAGUUUCAUGAAGCAAUCGAACACAGACAGAAAUCUCCAGUGUGCUGUGCAGUCAGUGUAGUUGUAUGACUGCUGAACUGAUUUGUUUUAAACCUGCACCGUUCACUGAGCUACUUUAAUGUCAGAGAAAGUGUGUGAGAGGCCUCGAGGGAAAGCAGGCAGUGAAAUGUUAAAAUCUACAUGUUAACUGAUCUGGCUCUGUCCAAAAAAAGUGUAUAAAAGUCUCUUCUAUAGAACAUUUACAUUAUUAUAGAUGAUUGAUUGCGCAAGUGAUUUUCCGUUACACCUAAAGACAUCUGGCUUCAGGGCUUUGUUCAUUAUUUGAAGAAUCUGGUUUAUAAUUACUGCCUCCGAAAACAUUUUUCUUUUUUCCCCAUUUGAAUGUCAGUUUUACAAAAUACUUUUACUUACUAACACUCCUUUCAGAUACAACAGAAAUGAUCGGAUCUAGUGUUUGAUCCCAGAAGUAAUCAUUUUAUGUUUGCAAGGGUCUUAUACUGUAUGUGCACCGCUGCAUUUGCCUUAGCUGUUGUCUCUCAUCCGAGGCCUUGCCAGUCUGUGGAACGAUCAAGCACUUGUAACCCAUCAAGACUGGACUCAUGUUACCUCUGUUUAGUGUCAGUUUGUUGUUUGCUUUUAUGUAACAAAUUAUUUCCCUCUUAAAUUAUGAGGUAAAGUUUCGCUUUGGAUAAGUAACAAUCAGCUCUGUUUUUAGGUAAAAGGAAAAAAACAGAGGGUUUUAUUUUUGUUCAGACAUGACGCAUUGCUGUAACCUGACCACACCCAGCUCUGCUUUCAUGACAAAUGGACGGCGGCCUUGUGAACGGUGAUUCAGCAGUUUCUGGAAACACAAGGAGUGGCUUUCAGUCUGGAUUGUAAACACUGUUUAUUCUGAUGUUUUCCAUGUUUUGUAGGAUGUAAAAUGAGAUUGACACUACAAAACUGUGAUCUGCUCCCUCUUUGUUUCUAAAUGUUGGACUUUCUGUCAUUCUUUUUCUUUAGACACAAAAAUGUGUCAAGUUGAAAGAGAUUAAUUGUUUUUUUCACACUAUGCUAACAUAACAAUUUAAUAAAAGAACUGGAGCAAUG